CAAGAUCCUGAGCAAGAUGAUGAUGGUUAUGCAGCCCGAGGGUCUAGGGGCCGGGGAGGGGCCCUUCUCGGGCGGCGGGGGCGGCGAGUACAUGGAACAGGAGGAAGACUGGGACCGUGACUUGCUGUUGGACCCGGCCUGGGAGAAACAGCAGCGGAAAACCUUCACUGCAUGGUGCAACUCACAUCUGCGCAAGGCAGGCACUCAGAUCGAGAACAUUGAAGAGGACUUCCGCAAUGGCCUCAAGCUCAUGCUGCUCCUGGAGGUCAUUUCCGGAGAGAGGCUGCCCAGGCCAGACAAAGGCAAGAUGCGCUUCCACAAAAUCGCCAAUGUCAAUAAGGCCCUGGACUUCAUUGCUAGCAAAGGAGUGAAGCUUGUGUCCAUUGGUGCUGAAGAAAUUGUUGAUGGGAACCUGAAGAUGACCCUGGGCAUGAUUUGGACCAUCAUCCUCCGCUUUGCCAUCCAGGACAUCUCUGUAGAGGAGACCUCAGCCAAAGAAGGCUUGCUUCUCUGGUGUCAGCGGAAAACAGCACCAUACCGCAAUGUCAACGUGCAGAACUUCCAUACCAGCUGGAAGGAUGGCCUGGCCCUCUGUGCUCUCAUCCACCGCCACCGGCCAGACCUCAUUGACUAUGCCAAGCUGCGCAAGGAUGACCCAAUUGGAAACCUGAACACUGCCUUUGAGGUGGCGGAGAAAUACCUGGACAUCCCUAAGAUGCUGGAUGCAGAAGACAUUGUGAACACCCCCAAACCAGAUGAGAAAGCCAUCAUGACCUAUGUCUCCUGCUUCUACCAUGCGUUUGCUGGGGCUGAGCAGGCAGAGACUGCUGCCAACAGGAUCUGCAAAGUGUUGGCUGUGAACCAAGAAAACGAGAAACUGAUGGAGGAGUAUGAGAAAUUAGCCAGUGAGCUGCUGGAGUGGAUCCGCCGCACCGUCCCAUGGCUGGAGAACCGUGCAGGUGAACCCAGCAUGAGUGCAAUGCAGCGCAAGCUGGAAGACUUCCGGGACUAUAGACGCCUGCACAAACCUCCCCGUGUGCAGGAGAAAUGCCAGCUGGAGAUCAACUUCAACACACUGCAGACCAAGCUGCGCCUGAGCCACCGCCCUGCUUUCAUGCCCUCUGAGGGCAAGCUGGUUUCGGACAUAGCCAAUGCAUGGCGGGGACUGGAGCAGGUGGAAAAGGGCUAUGAGGAUUGGCUGCUCUCAGAGAUCAGGCGUCUGCAGCGGCUUCAGCACCUGGCUGAGAAGUUCCAACAGAAGGCUUCCCUGCAUGAAGCUUGGACCCGGGGCAAAGAGGAGAUGCUGAACCAGCAUGACUACGACUCAGCUUCGCUGCAGGAGGUGCGUGCGCUGUUGCGCCGCCACGAGGCCUUUGAGAGCGACCUGGCUGCGCACCAAGACCGGGUGGAGCACAUUGCUGCACUAGCCCAGGAACUCAAUGAGCUGGACUACCAUGAGGCAGCCUCAGUGAAUAGCCGCUGCCAAGCCAUCUGUGACCAGUGGGAUAACUUAGGUACACUGACCCAGAAGAGGAGAGAUGCGCUAGAGAGGAUGGAGAAGCUCCUGGAAACCAUUGACCAGCUGCAGCUGGAGUUUGCUCGGCGGGCAGCACCCUUCAACAAUUGGCUGGAUGGGGCUAUUGAAGACCUGCAGGACGUGUGGCUAGUGCACUCUGUGGAAGAGACUCAGAGCCUGCUAACAGCACAUGAGCAAUUCAAGGCAACAUUGCCAGAGGCUGAUCGAGAGCGAGGGGCCAUCCUGGGUAUCCAAGGAGAGAUCCAGAAGAUCUGCCAAACGUACGGGCUACGGCCAAAGUCCACCAACCCCUACAUCAACCUCAGCUCACAGGACAUCAACACUAAGUGGGACACGGUCCGAAAGCUGGUGCCCAGCCGUGACCAGACUCUGCAGGAGGAACUGGCACGGCAGCAAGUGAAUGAGAGGCUCCGGCGACAGUUUGCAGCCCAGGCCAAUGCCAUAGGACCCUGGAUCCAGGGGAAGGUGGAGGUAAGGGCUUGGAGAGCGGGGCCAACUCAGGGGAUGGGAUUGAGGGCUGGCCCACAGGGAGUUGAGAGCUCUUGUUCUGCCUGGGUACCCCUGCAGGAGGUAGGGCGGCUGGCAGCUGGGUUGGCCGGCUCUCUGGAGGAGCAGAUGGCUGGUCUACGGCAGCAGGAGCAGAACAUCAUCAAUUACAAGAGCAACAUCGACAGGCUGGAGGGUGACCACCAGCUGCUGCAGGAGAGCCUGGUCUUUGACAACAAGCACACAGUCUACAGCAUGGAGCACAUUCGUGUGGGCUGGGAGCAGCUGCUCACCUCCAUUGCCCGCACCAUCAAUGAGGUAGAGAACCAGGUACUGACCAGAGAUGCCAAGGGCCUGAGCCAGGAGCAGCUCAACGAGUUCCGGGCGUCCUUCAACCACUUUGACCGGGUCAGCAGGGUCCAAGUCCUACAGGCUGAGAGGGGAGCUGGUGGGAUUUGGAGAGCAAGCCUGAUACCCUUUUGCCCUCCACAGAAGCGGAAUGGGAUGAUGGAGCCUGAUGACUUCCGAGCUUGCCUCAUCUCCAUGGGUUAUGACCUGGGAGAAGUGGAGUUUGCUCGCAUCAUGACUAUGGUGGACCCGAAUGCAGCUGGGGUUGUGACUUUCCAAGCCUUCAUUGACUUCAUGACCCGAGAGACUGCCGAGACAGACACGGCUGAACAAGUUGUAGCCUCCUUCAAAAUCCUGGCAGGAGACAAGAACUACAUUACCCCAGAUGAGCUGCGGCGAGAGCUCCCAGCUGAGCAGGCUGAGUACUGCAUCCGUCGGAUGGCGCCCUACAAAGGAUCUGGGGCUCCGCCCGGAGCCCUGGACUAUGUGGCUUUCUCCAGUGCCCUCUAUGGAGAGAGUGACCUCUGACAUUCUUAGCAGAGAAGGAAAGAGGGCACUUCCUGUGGCGGAUUCCACUGUCCCUCAGAGCAAGGGCCUCAA